AUGGUCGCUCGAUCGGUCGCUCUUCGAUCCCUCAGGGGAUCUGCUCGCGUCGCCCCGCGUCUCACCAUCGCCUCUGCUCGCCCCGCCAUCGCCCGCGCCUUUGCCUCCUCCGCAUUCACCAUGUCUGAGGGCAAGUUCCGCUCCGAAAAGGACACCUUCGGCCCGCUCCAGGUGCCCGCCGACCGCUACUGGGGCGCCCAGACCCAGCGCUCCCUCCAGAACUUUGACAUUGGAGGACCCCAGGAGCGCAUGCCCGAGCCGCUCAUCGAGGCCUUUGGCGUGCUCAAGAAGGCCGCCGCCACCGUCAACAAGCAGUUUGGCCUCGACGCCAAGGUCGCCGACGCCAUCUGCCAGGCCGCCGACGAGGUCAUCGCCGGCAAGCUCCACUCCCACUUCCCCCUCGUCGUCUUCCAGACCGGCUCGGGCACCCAGACCAACAUGAACGUCAACGAGGUCAUCAGCAACCGCGCCAUUGAGAUCCUCGGCGGCGAGCUCGGCAGCAAGAACCCCGUCCACCCCAACGACCACGUCAACAUGAGCCAGUCCUCCAACGACACCUUCCCCACCGCCAUGCACGUCGCCUCGGUCACCCAGAUCACCAACAACCUCAUCCCCGCCCUCGAGCUCCUCCGCGCCGCCCUCGACAAGAAGCGCGCCGAAUUCGACGACAUCAUCAAGAUCGGUCGCACCCACCUCCAGGACGCCACGCCGCUCACCCUCGGCCAGGAGUUCUCCGGCUACGUCAAGCAGGUCGACAACGCCAUCCUCCGCGUCCAGGCCGUGCUGCCGCGCCUCUCGCAGCUCGCCCAGGGCGGCACCGCCGUCGGCACCGGCCUCAACACCUACAUUGGCUUCGACAAGAAGGUGGCCGCCGAGAUCUCCAACAUCACCGGCCUCGCCUUUGAGACCGCCGAGAACAAGUUUGAGGCGCUUGCGGCGCACGAUGCCAUUGUCGAGGCGAGCGGUGCGCUCAACACGGUCGCCGUCUCGUUUAUGAAGAUCGCCAACGACAUCCGCUACCUCGGCUCGGGUCCUCGCUGUGGACUCGGCGAGCUGAGUCUGCCGGAGAACGAGCCGGGCUCGUCGAUCAUGCCGGGCAAGGUGAACCCUACGCAGUGUGAGGCGCUUACCAUGGUUGCUGCGCAGGUCAUGGGUAACAACACCACCAUCUCGGUGGCUGGUUCGUACGGUCAGUUUGAGCUGAACGUCUUCAAGCCCGUGUUGGUCAAGAACCUGCUCCAGUCGAUUAGACUGUUGGCGGACGGUGCACGAUCGUUUACCAACAACUGCGUGGUGGGCAUCGAGGCGAACCGCGAUACGAUCAACAAGAUCCUGAACGAGUCGCUCAUGCUCGCCACCAUCCUCAACUCGCACCUCGGCUACGACAAUGUCGCUGCCGCCGCCAAGAAGGCACACAAGGAGGGCACCAAGCUCGUCGACGCCACCGUCGCGCUCGGUCUCAUGACCGAGGAGGAGUUCAAGAAGAUUGUUCGUCCCGAGUUCAUGCUCGGCCCCACCGAGUACAAGCCCAAGAACUAG